AUGGAGGAAGAAAAGGCUAGGGAAUAUCAAGAAUUGGUGAAAUUAUUCAGCAAGGUUGAAGUGAAUGUGCCUUUGCUUACCAUGAUUAAGCAAAUUCCUAAAUAUGCCAAAUUUCUCAAGGAUCUUUGUGUGCACAAAAAGAAAUUGAAGGGGAAUGAAUUGAUAAGUAUGGGAAAAAAAUGUUUCAGCGUUACUUCAGCCAGUUCCUCAGAACCUACAGGUGUAGUAAUUCAAUUAGCUAACCGAAGUCAAGCACACCCAGCUGGAGUGAUAGAAGAUGUAUUGGUAAAAGUGAGGGAGUUGAUUUUUCCUGCAGAUUUUUACAUCUUAGAUAUGGAGGGUGAUCUGCUUGCGAACUGGGUUCCGCUUAUUCUUGGACGCCCAUUCUUGAAGACUGCUAGAACGAAGAUUGAUAUGCAUGCAGGAACUCUUUCUAUGGAGAUAGGAGACACAGUGGUUAGAUUUAGCAUUUUUGAGGCUAUGAAGCAUUCUAAAGAGGAUCAUUCUAUACUUAGCGUGGAUAUCUCAGAGGAGUUGGAUGGCAUGGAGUUCUUGUCAGAUGUUGAUUCAGACUUAGAGGUUUCUGAUUUUGGUCAAGAGAAUGAAUUUGUUUCUUUGUUGGAGGAUAUCUUAGAUGUGGAGGAAGAUGCUAACUCAAGAGAAUGCGUAGGGGAUUGCUUAGGAGAAGCAUUACCCCUAGGAUCGCUCAGAGAGGAAGAGAUAUGUGUAGGUGAUUGCUUGGCAGCACUACCCCCAGGAUCACCUACUAUUGACCAGACACAGGAGGAAUUGAAGUCAUUGUCUCAACAUUUGAAAUAUGUGUAUUUGGGAGAGAAUAAGCAGCUACCUGUCGUCAUAGCUCAGAAUUUGGAACUAGAUCAGGAGGAAAGAUUGUUAGAGAUUCUGAGACAACAUAGAAAGGCCAUUAGAUGGACUCUGGCAGACAUUCUUGGUAUCAGUCAUUCCAUUUGUAUGCAUAGGAUUCACUUAGAGGAGGAUGCUGACAUUAUUUAUCCGAUUUUUGACAGUAAAUGGGUAAGUCCCAUUCAUGUGGUUUCGAAGAAGUCAGGGGUGACAGUGGUAGCUAAUGAAGAGAACGAACUGGUGCCUACGAGAAUAAAGAAUUCUUGGAGAGUAUGUGUGGACUACAGGAAGCUGAACCAAGCAAGCCGAAAGGAUCAUUAUCCACUUCCUUUUAUUGAUCAGAUGUUGGAGAGGCUGACAGAGGACCAGGAGAAGACUACCUUCACUUGUCCUUUUGGUACAUUCACAUAUUGUAGGAUGUCAUUUGGACUGUGCAACACUCCAGUCUCUAGGAAAGGCAUUGAAGUAGAUCCUGCUAAAGUUAGCGCUAUAUCUUCUUUAUCUUACCCCGUAUGCGUGCAGGAGGUUCGAGCUUUUCUUGGUCAUGCAGGAUUCUACAGGAGAUUUAUUAGGGACUUCAGUAAGAUUGCUCUGCCAUUGUCUCAGCUACUUCAGAAGGAUGUUAUGUUUGAUUUCGAUCAGAGGUGUAUAGAGGCGUUCGACAGAUUGAAGGAGACUCUUACUUCAGCACCUAUUAUCAGACCCCCAGAUUGGUCCUUAUCUUUUGAGUUGAUGUGCGACGCUUCAGAUUAUGCAAUGAGAGUUGUACUUGCACAGAGAGUGGAUGGAGCACCACAUGUUAUUUGCUACGCAUCAAAGACUUUAGACUCAGCUCAAGCGAACUACACAACAACAGAAAAAGAGCUUCUUUCUAUUAUACAUGAUAGGAGUGGGAAUGAGAACUUGGUUGCAGAUCACUUGAGCAGGAUUGAAGGAGACUUGGACCAUUCAGCUAUUGAUGAUGAUUUCAAGGAUGAGCAGCUUCUACAGUUGCUAGUUGAUUAUGUUUUCAAAUGGGUGGAGGCCAUUCCCACUAUGACUGAUGACUCUUUUAUUGUUGUUAGCUUUGUCAGACACAUGAAGGCUUUGAUACAUAAGUACGGGGUUACACACAAAGUUUCUACAUCAUAUCACCCUCAAACGAAUGAGCAAGCAGAAGUGUCUAACAGGGAGGUGAAAUCAAUUCUUGAAAAGACUGUGAGACCAGAUAGAAAGGAUUGGAGCAAAAGACUUGAAGAUGCACUAUGA